AUGGCGCCAAAUGAGUACUCUUCAGUCGGGUCCGGCAAGCUCAAACUCAAAGGCGUGAAGGACUCGAAGAUCGACAAGAAAAAGAAAAAGAAGGCACCGUCGUCGUCGCAGCCCAAUGAAGGUGGAGAAGCCGCUGUGGGGGAAGCCACCACGGAUGGGUUUAAUGAUCGAUCUGUCAUGUUGAAGAAAUUGGAGGAAGAAGACGAGGCGAUGGCGAACGAGGAGGGACGGAGUUUGCAGAAGCAGAGAGGCGAGAGGCCGGCCGAUAGCGAGGCAGGGCGAAGAGAAGAAGAGCGAGGAGGCGUGAUGAAGACGGAGGCGGAACGGCGGUAUGAAGAGCAACGACGAAAAAGGCUCGAGGAACGGCUCAAACGAGAAGGGGUCAAGACGCACAAGGAGCGGGUGGAGGAGCUCAACAAAUACCUCAGCUCCCUGAGCGAACAUCACGACAUGCCGAGAAUCGGGCCGGGAUAA